CAAUUUCACUCUCUCUCUCUUUCGUUCCUCUGCUACAUAACCCAGCGUCUCUUCUCACUCCCGUCUCUCUCUCUCUUUCUUUAACGCAACUUUUUUCAUACUUUUACUCUUUUUCUGGUAUACACCAUAAUCAAAACCUAGGGUUUUUAUUUCUCCCCCACAUUCCUCCUUCAAUCCAUUACAAUACAAAUACUGUCCUGUUCACUUUUCUUUCCUGUCUCUUUCACUUUAACCCCGUCUCCCCACACUUAACUGUUCAACCUAACUCUCUUCUUCCAGUUGCUUCCUCCUCUUCGGUUGUUCCUCUAAUUUCUACAAGUUUUCGAUCUAAUUCCCAUGAGGAGAGGAGGGCUUUUGGCUUGUGGGUGGUUUUGGAUUCAAGUGGCUUUGUAGAAAGAGAGUCGACAGUGGUGUUGAAAGGGAUAUAAUUGAUUCUCAUUUCUCUGGCUUUUUUGAACCGUUUUGUUUUAUUUUUAUUUUUGCUUUAUGGAAACGUACAUGUGAAGCAAAUUAGCGUUGAACGUGACUCAAUUUAUGGGUUCUCUGCUUUAUUUCUGAUCUCUUCUAUAUAUUCAUCACAUGGGUUCUCAGUAUCUUCUUCUUUUGGGCUCUUUAUUUGCAAGAAGUAUGUGAAAUCACCGCACAUUUUUUGUAAUCUUGGUAGAUCAAGCUAAGUUAAGGUUUAAUAGUGGCUUCAAGUAUGAAAAGAACACAUUUCGUGAUUCAUUGUUUGUAGUUGUUGAUUGUGUUGGUGAUAUGGAGGAUAUUGGGCUGGUGAAACAAGGGUGGAAAUGGCUGCAGUCGCAGAAAAACAUAUUUUCUUCCGCACGUAUAGGGUUGGGUUGUUUCAGGGAGAAAGUGGGUAUUUUUAUAGAGCGGCACUGGCCGAUGGUUUGCCGUGGUUUUGCAAAAUUAUGGAUGGUGUUGCGGUUAUUGGUGGUUCAGUGGAGGAAUAGUUUUGUGAGGGGCUUUCAGUCAAUGGUCAAAAUGGGUUCUUCUUCCUUGUUGAUUAUUAUGUGGAGCUGCUUUCUUAGUCUGACUUCUAUGUCUUGCUUGCUCUAUGUACUUCUUUGUAUGGGGGCUGCUGGAGCUGCUGUUCAGUACCUGGGUUACACUCCUGGAAUUUUUAUUGUAGGCUUGUUUGCUAUUUUGGUUUUAUGGAUGUAUGCUAACUUUUGGAUAACUGGAACGUUAUUUAUCGUUGGAGGUUAUUUAUUUUCCCUAAAUCAUGCACGGUUUGUGGUCUUAUUGGCGACUAUUUAUGCUCUUUAUUUUGUCAAAGUUCGAGUUGGAUGGUUUGGUGUUUUCCUGGCAAUAAACCUUUCAUUCAUCUCUAAUGAUUUGUUGAAUUACUUGCUCCUAUUUUGUGAUAAUGUGAGUGAAAAUGCACGCUGUGAAGAGCCGAAAGAAUCAGAGACAGUCACAGAAGAUGAGUUCUCUGGAGGAUGUGAAUUUUCUACUCCUAGUGAUGAACCUGAAAAGGUCCACUCAUGCAAAUCAUCCAGCAAGUCAACUGCUACUUCAUUUGUAAUUAAUAACCAACAAGAGACAUCCGUUAAAAAGGUUGUGAGAGAAGAUACAACUUCAGCUGAUGAGAUGAAAAGAAUAUUAAAUAGUACGGAUCAUUAUGAAGCAUUAGGUUUUCCUCGCCACAAGAAAAUUGAUGCUACACUUUUGAAAAAGGAAUAUCGAAAGAAGGCCAUGCUUGUCCAUCCUGAUAAAAAUAUGGGAAUUUCUUUGGCUAGUGAAUCAUUUAAGAAACUCCAUAGUGCAUAUGAGGUGCUUUCUGAUUUGACAAAAAAGAGAGAUUAUGAUGAGCAAUUGCGGAAGGAAGAAUUGAGGACAAGGAGUGUCUGUCAGAAGUCACAUGCUGCUUCACAGCAGGAUAAUCCAGAUUUCUGCUCAGAGGAGUCGAGGUGCAUUCAGUGCACUAAAUGUCGCAAUUCACAUAUAUGGGUCUGCACCAAUAGGAGUAAGGCUAAGGCAAGAUGGUGUCAGGACUGUUGUCAAUAUCAUCAAGCCAAAGAUGGUGAUGGAUGGGUGGAAUACAAAGGCUCAUUGGCCUUUGAUAGGAAACAAAAGGUGGAAAUACCCCGAGCUUUUGUGUGUGCAGAGAGCAAAAUCUUUGAUGUCUCAGAAUGGGCUAUUUGCCAGGGCAUGUCGUGUAGGCCUAACACACAUCGCCCCAGCUUCCACGUUAACAUGGUUGGUUUGGAGAAGACACAAAGAUCCCAUUCAAGCAGAUACCCUUGGGAUUUGGAUGCCGAGAUGAUGGAUGAGGAUGAGGAAGAAUUUGAUAAGUGGCUUCAGCAGGCUCUGGCUGCUGGCCUGUUUUGUGAAACCUCCAAACGCAGAAAGAGCUGGAGUCCAUUCAAGUUGAAUCAGAAAGUGAAGAAGCAAUGGAGAAGAACAUCCACCUAAAUCACCCAAGUGAAGGGUAUUCAAAAUUCUUGCCAUCCUUCACAAUAGUAAAACACAGGUCUCUCAGUAGAAGAAUCCGGUUUUGACAAAAGAGGUGUUUGAGGGUUGAGAUGAAGAGAAAGCUUGUUUCACCAACCAAAUUUGUUGGAUGAUCCAUGCAAAUACAGAUGAGAAACACAGUAGGGUUGGUUGUGUUGGGGCAUUUUUCAAGUCCAAAGCUUGCAGCCCUGAUUGAACAAAGUUCUAUUGACCCAUGGCAUGAAUGCACUUUGGGUGCAAUCUACAAUCUCUGUACAUAAUUUGUCAAUAAUUUUCUAAUAUGCCUCGGGACACUUUUUUAACUAUUACCGUGUAAUUCUAAAUUAUAUUGAUUAUUCUCUUGCUUAUUAUGUUUGCCUACCUUGUGGCAAGAUGGAUAAAAAUGAUGUUUAUCUUACUUUGGAUCCAUAUUAUUAUUAUUAUAUUUA